UUAGUAUUGAAAGAGUAAGUCGCAAAUGAUAUUUCCAACGAGUAAGAUGGAAUCUGGUAAUUUAUUCAAUCCUGAUAUUAGAGUUAAAGAAGAGCCUCGGCAUGAACUUCACGAUGAUGAUAAUUAUGAAAUAAUUGACACGACCCUUGCAGUUACUCAAAAUGUUAAAUGCGAAAGGUUUCGAUAUGAGAAUUCAACCCAAAAGCUUCUUCAAAAUUAUGACGAAAAUCACGAAAAUGAACGUGAUAACAUCCAAAUCGAAUUGGAAUGUAUAGACAUGAAGCCCAACUUAUUGGCGGUUGCAAAAAUUGAAGAUUAUUCUCCAAAUCAAUGGCCGAAUAGUGACGAGUAUAAAACUGGAAGCAAAAUUAAAUUAGAAACUGUUGGGGUGCUGAAGAAAGAAAUUUUAAGCGAAGAAGCCACUGAAUUGAAUUUUGGACGUGGACUGAACGAAAAAAAUGAGAAAGAAUGUGUUGAAAAGUCAAACUGUAAGAAGAGUCUCAAAGCACACGUGGGUAUAGUGCAAAGUGGUAUCAACAAUACAUGCGAUAUAUGCCAAAAGACAUUCUCAAAAAAACCUGAUCUCAAUAGGCACAUAGAGUCGGUGCAUAAUGGAAUUUCACAUACGUGCAAUAUAUGUCCAAAGACAUACUCGGACAAAAGGAGUCUCAAAAAACACAUCGAUUGGGUGCAUAAUGGUGUUAGACAUGCAUGUUACAUUUGUGAAAAGAUAUUCUCACGAAAAGAUUAUCUUAGAACCCACACUGAAUCGACAUUCUCAGACAAGAGUAAUCUCAGAAGGCACACCGAUUCGGUGCACAAGCGAGUCAGACAUGCAUGUGACAUUUGUGGAAAGACAUUCUCACAAAAAGUUCAUCUCAAAAUCCACACCGACAUAGUCCACAAUAGAAUCACCCAAGCAUGUGAUUUUUGUGAAAAAAAAUUUAAAUAUCAAACUCAACUCAAUAGGCAUGUCAAAUCGUCGCAUAAUGACAUCACUUAUAAAUGCAAGAUAUGCGGAAAAACGUUCGGACAGAAACGAAAUCUGAAAGCUCAUAUCGAUGUGGCUCAUUGA